CAUAGACAACCGAAACUAUACACAUUAGAGAAGGAACGUAAUAUUGUUAAAGAAGUGUCAUCGUGGUCAAUUCAAUACAAUAUCUUUUGAUUGGUUGGUCUGGUAGAAAAACUCCAAGCGAUCGCUGUGAGUGGCUACGGUCAAUCGCAAACGUCAUGGUGAAUAGAUGACAUAUCUAGCAAAGACGAUGCCGUUUUAUUGGCUGACCUGCUUACGCGAAUUCGUAUUCGAAUUCAUCAUCUCAUGUUAUUCGCGGGCCAACGAUCGCGGUCUGUGGCCUGUGGCGUCGACGGAAGUUUUGUUUGUCCCUCUCUCGCGCCUGUUUACAAGCGAUUUUCAGUGAUUCAGUGAAAAACUGUGUGGAUUCCUGACGAUGAGCGCCGAGGAAGAAGUACUGCGCAUCCAGAAGAAGCUCAACAAAAUGUCGAGCGGUGACGGGACGGUGAGUGAUUGUAUAGCUUUCAAUGUCUGUUAUCAUGCUACAUCAGUUGGUCAGGAACAAGCUUUGGAAUUGCUCAAAAUACUUCAAAAAUUGCCUGUCGAUUUGGAACUUUUGACCAAAACACGUAUUGGAAUGACUGUGAAUGCCUUGAGAAAAUCAAGCAGAGAUGAAGAAGUUAUCUCUUUAUCAAAGACUCUUAUUAAAAACUGGAAGAAGUUCUUAUCUGGAUCCAAUAAAGAGAAGGAUUCUACUUCAUCGAGUAGUUCAAAGAAAAAGGAUGAAAAAUCAGACAAGGCAAAGGAGGAGAACGAUCAGAAGAAGGAAAAGGAUAUGACAGAUGCCAGUGAUAUCAAAAUGAAGGAAGAGAAGCCAAGCAAAGACAUACAGAGGAAACAGGCAUCCUUUCCUGCUCCUACCACAACAGAUGCAGUCAGAUUAAAAUGCAGAGAACUAUUAGCAGCAGCUUUACGCGUAGAUGGGAAAGUCAUCGAUGGUUGCGCUAGUCCAGAAGAGUUGGCAGAAGAAUUGGAGGAAGCGAUUUAUGCGGAAUUCAAAAACACUGAUAACAGAUAUAAAAAUAGGGUACGUAGCAGAGUCGCCAAUUUACGCGACGCGAAGAAUCCCAAUUUACGAAUGAAUUUUCUUGUGGGCGCAAUUACGCCCGCUCGACUCGCGGUAAUGACAGCAGAAGAAAUGGCAAGCGACGAAAUUAAACAACUGCGCGAACAAUUCAAGAAAGAGGCCAUCAAUGACGCGCAACUUGCCACCGUGCAAGGAACUAAGACCGAUUUGCUCAAAUGCGGCAAAUGCAAGAAGCGUAACUGCACGUAUAAUCAGGUGCAGACACGCUCAGCCGAUGAACCGAUGACUACCUUCGUGUUGUGUAAUGAAUGUGGAAAUCGAUGGAAGUUCUGCUAAACUGAACUCCGAUUAUUGUUUCUCGAUUAUUGUUUCGCUAUCGUCACGCGACGAAAUAAAUUUUUCAAUCAUCCUCUAGAAUACAAAACGAUACAAGACGAGUUGAUUAAUUAUUAUAAAAAUAUAUAUAUAGAUCUUCAUGAAAUUGAUCAUAAAAAGAAUUUUGUUUAUUAAUUAUAUAUAUAUAACACAAUUCUUAUUGCGUAUAUUAAAUAUUGUUGGUUUUUCAUUAAAAGAUAGAUAUAUAUAUAUAUAUAUAUAUAUAUAUAUAUAUAUUUCUCACUUUAUUUUCUCUAAAUUCUCUAUAUUUUAAGAGUUACAAUAUAAAUUCUAUUUUAUUGUAUUUUGCCUUGACUUAUGGAUUAUCUGUGUGUGAUUGCGAUAAUUUAUUUUAAUUGAAGAUCUACACAAUUAUGCUGAACGAUAGUGAACGACGGAUUGUACAUUGAUCCAUUGAUUAUAGUGACAUUUUUCUUGAAAAAUCAAUUUCCAUAUCACUCUGUACAUAUUGAAAUCGAUUUAUUAGAUUUUAGCUUUGCUUAAAAAUUCAAGAUUUUUGAAGAUUGUUUUAAAUCUCUUCAAAGUGUGAGAAUUUAUAUAUAUAUAUAUAUAUAUAUAUAUAUAUAUAUAUAUAUAUAUAUGCAUAUAUAUACUUGUUUAAAAUACGUAAACGGCAUUUUAAUUAAAUCCUUUUUAUUCCAAUUGCGAUUUGUGCUACGCUGACUGUUGUCACUUCACUACAAGUUUUCACUUAAGCGCAUAAUCAUGUGGUAUAAAUCAUUUUGUCACUGUGCUAUAUGAAUAAUGUUGGAUAAUGUCUACAAGAGCUAUGAAUUGCGUCUGUAUCUUUAAAAUAUACAGAUAUGUAUAUCGUGUGAAA